AUGCAGAACAUCGGCGGUGUCCAGUGCUAUACGAUUGGCCAUGACGACUGCAAAAAAGCUAUUGUGGGUAUCUUUGACGGUGCAGACAUCCUUGCCGCGAUGACCGACACGCGCGUGAUUCUCCCUGACUUUUUUGCUGGCAAUCCCUUGCCCCAAGAGGUGGUGCCUUGGGACACGCCAGAGAAGAAGGCGACUGUGGACCAAUUUGUCGCCAACCAGGGCAGUCCUGUCAAGUGCCGGGACACGCUUCUCACAGUGGCCAAUGCUCUGCAAGAGAGCGGCGUGACAACCCUGGGACUCUACGGCCUGUGCUGGGGCUCCAAGGGUGCCAUUAUGGCAUGUGGCAAGGGCACACCUUUCAGCGCGUUCGUACAGAUCCAUCCUUCUUUCGUCGAUCCUCAGGAUGCAAACCAAAUCUGCAUUCCCAUGGCUUCGUUUACAUCAAAGGACGAACCUCAGGAAAUUCUCGAACAAUUCUACAAAAACCUUCAUGCCAACCCUGAUAUCGCCAGCAAGUGCAUUACGCAUCACUACCCUAACAAUCACCAUGGAUUUGCUGGCGCACGUGCCAAGCUUCAAGACCCGGAAAAUUACGCUUCAUUUCGCGACGUCUAUAAACGAGCUGCCGAUUUCUUUUUGGAAAGGCUUGCUCUAUAA